CAAAAAACUUAAUGUGGCACCAGGGGUGGAGUCCACCAGACGGUCUUUCAUCGGGUCACACGGUUCGGCCCAGUGGCCAAACUGCAACCGCCUGAUGGAGACCAUCUUCAUCCAGCUCUGCAUGGCCAUCACUGGCAAAAAAAAGAGGAGCCCCGAGAGCAGCCAGAGCCAGAGCCGCUGGACCCAAGUCAUCCAUGCGUAUAACAACUUACGCCAAUGUGUUAUCAACAACGCACGUGUGAUGACUGAAACCACCAUCCAGCUGUCCGAGGUGAACACGGCAACGCUGGCAAAAUGCCGGAGUCAAGAGACUAAGGUGCUGCAACAAGCCAUCCCCUGUCCUGAGGCUCCAAUUACAGGACCUGUGCAGCAGCAGUCUACACUCCAGAAAGAGGCUCUGUCCGUCGUGGUUGUGGUGGACAACCCACGUCUUUUCCCUGCCAACCAAUACAGCAGGCACGGCCAGGAAAAGACGGCUGACAUUUGGGGAGACGGACCAACCUGCCGCAACAUCCUCUUCGCUACAGCGCCCUUCAGCCACCGCCACGCUCACAUCCCUGCAGUGCCCUUCAGCCACCGCCACGCUCACAUCCCUGCAGUGCCCUUCAGCCACAACGACACAAGGUCCAAGCCAGAGGCUGAUCCUGCCAGCCGAUCUUGUGCCUUCAACACCACCUGUUUUAGAUGUUCCCUAUAGUACACAAAGGUACAGAAAGAGGAGGACGGAGAGGGAAGAGGCGGGUGAACAGUUUAGAAAGUACACUAAAAAAAAACGAUGUGGUGGUGUGUAGAAGCUGCUUAAAGGAUCGCAAGCUGCCAGGGCACCAGGAGUUCUACGGGAACUGGUACUGUGGGGAGACAGCCAUCGAGUCCUUGACUGAA